CCGGUCGUGCGCGGCCCGUUGUGCCUGCGCGUCUGAGCCCGCCAGCGGGGCGUAAACCUCCCUGUGCUUCCACCUAGAGCUUCUCGGACCCAGAGGCAGAUGAACCUGGGAACGACGGACUCCCUCGGCCCAAAAGGGGUGAACUUCAGCAUCUUCUGAGAUCCGGCAAGGAGCUGGGAGCUUCCUCAGCCUGUGCAAUUGCUCAAGAUGGAAAAGGGACAGUCUCUGUUAGAAGGGGAUUUACAAUCCUGGGCGCAGCUAGCAAACAACCACAAACUACCCCGAGAGGAUGAGGACCUUGAAGAUUUCUUCCAAGAAUCAGUAAUUCUACGUGACCAGUUGUAUGAUGCUCUCAGUUAUACAUCUGGUAACAAAAGACAGUCCAGUUCUUUGACUGACCUCACCUUGGACAGCACUUGGGAUCAGCAAAAGCCUCACAUGUUUCCUAAAUCCUACUUGAGGCCAAAGAGCGCUUCAUCUCCCUGGAUCCCUUCCUUCACCAUCCCUCAGCCCUUCAAAAUGACACUGCGGGAAGCUCACAAAAAGUCCCAGCUGAUGAAGUCAUCUGUGUUUCUUGAACUAGACAAACAGAGGGACAAAAGGCAAAGCAAGGAUGAAGCAGAAUGUCAGAAGCAAUUCCGGGCACAGCCUGUACCUGCCCAUGUGUUUCUGCCUCUUUAUCGGGAAAUAAUGGAACAGAGUGAGAUUCGCAGGCAAAUAGCAACUCAGAAAAGAAAGGAGCUGCUACUUUCAAGUCAGCGGCCCUUCAGUUUCCUGGAGAAGGAGGAGCAGAAGAAAGAAGCUAUCAGACAAAAGUUCCUGGCUGCAGCAACCCCCAGUGAGAGCUCCAAACAGAAGCAAGUCAGUAGAAAAGUCCCUAAGUCUACACAUGACUCGCUUCUUGGAGAUAAACUCAAAGAAGCUGAACUCUACAGAGAAAUUCGUAUUCAAAUGAGAGCCAAGGAUUUGCUGGAAAGCUCUGUAGCUCCUAUUGAUACUCGCAACUGUCAGAGGGAGCCUCAGUCCCGAACUGCCACUAAAACUAAGCAAGAGCGACUUGGCUUCUUGCAGGACAAAAGCUUCAGCUUCAAGCCAAGGAUUAAUCCAACAGUACCAGACUUUGAAGAACUUUACUGGGCCUUUCAGAGGGAAGCAAUAAGGAGACGAGAAAUCAGAGAGGCAACUCGUAAUAAGCCAUUCAAACUAAGAACAUCCAAUCUCCGCUGCAGGCAGAGGCAGGCUAAUGAAAAGAUAAAGGAUUCCCAGCAACUAUCCAAGGUUUCAGCGCAAAAAAGUCAUUCUCUGACUGGACUUUCCUCUCUUUCUUCCAAUACUCUUCCGGUGCAUAUUACAGAUGCAACAAGAAAAAGAGAAUCUGCUAUUAGAUACUCCCAAGACAACAAAAAGGAGAGGGACAAAGAAGGAAGUAUUUGGCUGGAGAGACACAAAAAGAAGUGUCAAGCUAUCCAUAAGUCAGUGAAUAGCCGAGCAAAAGCCCUGGAUCCGCACAAAAGUUUGGAGGAAACACACAAGGAGAAGUCGAAACAGAACUGGCAAAAUAUCAGAGAGAGAACAAAGGAAUACAGAAAGGAGCUGGAAGAAAUGCAGCUGCGAGUCAAGAAGAGACCAUACCUCUUUGAACAGGUCACCAAGCUUGAUGCUCGUCAAGGAGCAGAGCGUCGCUACAGACAUACCCUCCAGCAGGUUGGGCUAAGCGAAGAUUUUGUAAGGCAAAAAGGAAAAGAUGCCACUGACUUUCUGGAAGAAGACUCUAACAUUCACAGAGCACCCGAGCCUCAGGGUGAAAAGGACAACUGUGCUGAGGAAGGAGAGCUUCAGGAGGAACAGAGAGGAAAGGAGGUGGCAACGUAAGACCUAACAGAAGACUCUGUCGAUCAUCUCUUGGUUAUUUUUUUAGUUCAAGAUUCUCCAGGUUAGUCCUCAGGAACAUACUGUUCUAGGACAACACCUAAAAAUUACUCUGGGGUGAGAUGCAAGAAGUUUAAAAAAAAAAAAAAAAGUUACUCUUGUUUAGAACACUUCUUGUCCAACCCAACAAACUCUGCAUUCUCCCUUAGUUCUCACAAGUGUUCCUCAUGUGAGCCAUUCCCUAUCUUUCAAGAGGCUGCCUAAAGCAAAAACAAAGUUAAAAAUGUUGAAGCACUAUCUCUGUCUAAAAGUAGAGAUGAAAGAUUGAGGCGAUGCAUCCUUAAGCAUCAGCAACUUGUGUUCAUGCCAGAGAAGCCUACAGAAAGGGGAAAGUUCCUCUCAGUGUGCUAAAACCUGCUUUAUCGAUGUGUGUUAGAACAAAUUUAAGCAAGAUAUUUCUACAGAAUAACAGGAUAUGACUUACCCCAUAAGAAAACUCAAGAGUUCUUCUCUGGCAUGUUACCUCUCCAUUGACUAAUCAGCAGCUCUGCUCCUUCCUCCCAUUAGGAAGAAGCACUAGUCUUUCUAUAUUAACAUAUCUCCUAUAGUCCACUAUUUAAAACUCAGUUUUAAACUCCUAUCAUUUUAGAUCAUUAACUUGACCUGGAAAACAAACAAAAAAAAAUAUGAAGAAGGCUGUAAUUAAACAAUGCAUCAGUUUGGAUUGUUAUUGUCCUAAUUAUUUUAUUAUCAAAGAUGCACUCUGGUGGAAGCAAGAUUAGGUAUUACUUGUCAGCGUGUUGCACUCUAAUACCUGGGGCAUCUUAAAUGGUAUAGCUCACAUAUUGGAGAUCAUCCCUUACCUGGUAGUAAUAAGAUUCUCCAAAAUACAAACCCUUACUACCUGGGAUGUUUUCUGAGCAUUAUGAUAUCAAAGCACUUUGAGAUUAAAAGAUUUCUAAACGGCUAUUUGUUUCUGAGUUAUCCAACUUCUGUAUGAAUCUUUUCCUUACUUAAAUGGAAACUGUGUCUGUUUUCAUGUUCUUUAACUCAGUCCAUUUCUCCUUAAACCAUAACAACAAGACCUCAUCCUCAGAUCAGGUAGCAAAUCAGUACCUGUAAAGGCUACCAUAUUAAAUAAAAAUACAAAAUUGAGAUCAUGGUAUUUUUAAUCAUAAAUCAGGAAAUCCCAGGGUUUCAGGUUCAGAUAUUAAUUCAAGCUGGCAUAUAGCUGAAUGCAUUGGGUUGCAGCAGUCUUCCUUACUGACCUAAAGAAUCUUCACCAAAUCUAACUUUAGGCUUCUAGUUUUCCUUUUUUUUUUUUUCCCUCCUUUACUGGUUGAAGAGCUUUCUACACAAUGAAUCUGUUGAGUGCUGUGUCAUAGAUGGAAUUAGCCUAUUCAAAUACAGUCCUUGACUAGAGAAAUUCCUAACUGUUUGGGAAAUAGUUGUUCCACUGUAGAGACUUUCUACAGUUGGAAGUAGCCACCUGGGAAGGUUCAAGGAAGGCCGUUAUCAGCAUACCAAUUUCUAUAUAGGUUUAACUGUGUAGGACACAAAGGCUUUUCUUUCUCCUGUAUCACAUAGAAAAAAGGAGUAAUACAACCAUGUUGUCACUAUACUAUGUCAGCAUUGAAGGAGGAAAGAAAGAAAGCAGAUUUCUUCUAUGCUCCAAGUCUCUGGUCUAAAGCCCACUUAGGCUUGCAUGCAUGUAUCUGGAGCAGAAGAAGGGAGUUAACUUACAUUCUCAUGGAAAUUUACUAGUACAUAUAUCUCACUAGUGCACUAAUUCAGGAACAAAGUAAUUUUAGCACUAAGAAGUACCAGCAGGAAGCAUGACUGAUACUUGGUCAAGCAGUAAUUAACAUCCUCCAAGUGUUGGAGCUCAGCAUUCUCUUCCCUUCACCACACCCCCAAGCUAGGAAGUCUCACGUGCUGAUUUAACAUGAGCAGCAUCUCCUGAAGUUAGCUUCCUGGUGACUGAAACAGUCACGUUCUGCAUCCUGUAGUCCAUUUUGAGACUACAGUUUAGUUUUGGCUCCAGGAGAGCAUGACAAGUAAUCUGCUGGCUUAGAAUGUACUUUGGGUUCAAGUCUUACACCUUGCAGGCCUGUUGUGGUUUGUUUUUGUUUUGUUGUUUUUUUUUUUUUUUAAACUUCAUGGUUCCAUCUCCUUCUGUUACUAUGUCUGUUUUCUUCUUGCUUUGGAAAACACACAGUCACCACAUUCAAUUGAUUCUUAAAACUUUAUAUAUAGGGAAAGCUUAUCCUAUCCUUUGUAUAUUGCAUCGGAUGUAUAUUAUCUUCAUCACCUACAACCAGCUUGCUAAACUUCUUGAUCUGUCCAGCUUACUCCAAAAUGUCUGCAGCUAUAGCAUGUUGUACAAGCUCACAGCCACCUUGAGUAUAACUGGCUCAGCCAGCAGUUUCCAGAGUGCUCAUGUUUCUGAUGACAUCUACUGGGAAACUGGUGCCGUACAUACAUUAAAAACUGUAAGCAUCUGGCAUGGAUGACAAGCACCAACUAUCAAUGAAAUUUUGCUUUAAAUUAUGUUAAACAGAUGUUUGGUAUUCCUGCAAUUGAAAGAAAGCAGAAAACAGAGCCAAAGAUGAGGCAGAACUGGAAUUAAUCUGCACUACAAAGUGGUUGGUAAGGAGCUUUUAAGGUUUGUAAUUCAGGUUCAGAAUUACAGCGACUAUCCAAAAGAUUGCCACCCAGUUUAAGAAUAUUUCUUUCAAGACAUCAGAAACUAGUUUUGAUUUGAUGAGAUUGCUGCCUCUUGAGAUUUCUAAAAAACACUUAGCAAGGCAAGACUAUUUUCCUGAAUCCAGGUGGUGGUUUAACCAGACCAUAUGACUAUCUAUCUAAUGUGUCCAGAACAACCAUCAAGGACCCUGUUACUUCCUGCUGGCAUAUUAAACAUUUCUAAUGUUACCUCCCCUCCCCCAGUCUCAUCUCUUAUAAGAAUUCUAAGAGAAAACCCAGCUGGGAUAUAUUUAAUCUGGCAAUAGUGCACAGAAUCCUAGCAAAACUUUGCAUUGUUAAUAAGGCUAAUUCUGAAGAAAGCCUUCAAGUUAAGACAAAUUCAAAACGUCUGCAAGUAGACCAAUUUA